AUGAAGAUCCGUCAAGUCCCCCUGACGGAACAACCCCGUCCGCGCACUUCAGGCGACUUACCACCCAAGAAGCUCGAACGGAUGAAUCGUCGCCUCGACGAGGUCGAUUCGAAAGUUCAUCGCGCCACCAGCUCAGCUCCGGAAUUGACGAAAGCACUCGCCGACACCCGAAGAAGCCCGCUCACCCGCAGGCUCCGCCAGAUUGAGCUACACGAAAGAGUUCGACUCAAAAUCGACUCUUACACCGGCGAAGAAGACCCCAAGAAGUGGCUAACCGCGUUCAACCUCGCCAUGAGGAGGGAGAAAUACAAAUCUUACGAUGAAAGGGAGGCCAACUACUGUCAAGUAUUCGUCGAGCACAUGGCGAAAGAUGCCUUGACCUGGUUCUCUAACCUCCCCGCCGAGUCGAUCGAUAACUUCGACGACCUAACCAAUGCUUUUCUGAAGCAUUACUCCAUGCACAUGACCCGAAUCACUCGGAACAUGUUCACCACAACGCAAACCCAAGGCGAACCAUUGCGCAGCUUUAUGGAAAGGUUCAAACAAGCAGCUCGCGACACUGGCGACAUGCCCGAUAGCGUCCCGCUAGAAGCACUCCGCAACGGCCUCUGGUACGACUCCAAGUUUAAGGAGGAUUUGUCACUAAAACCCCCUGCGACUCUGGAGGACGCGUUCCACCGCUCUCGGAACUACAUCUUCCUCGAGGAAGACCAGCGCUUCUACGCCGAGAAACAUGGAGAUAGGAGGGCAACCUCAUCACUCCUAACGGCGUUCGCAGCAGCCGACAACAAGCCCGAGCAGGAACCGCAUCACAUCAAGAAACGGGCAACAGAUGUCGCGACGCCCGAUCUCGACGACUCUGACACGUUUUGCCGCCUCCACGGAACCGGUGACCACUCUACAAGAAACUGCCGACGCCUAACUCGCGAUCUCCUUCGGAGAUACCAGCACGGGGAGCUACCACCGAUAAAAGGGGACCGCUCUCGUCACAGACGAAAGCCGGCACAACCCGUAAUCCCGGAAAACACGCCGGAUGACAUAACGAACUACUCCGACGAAUCAGGGCAAGAGAUUAACAUGAUAAUGAGCAACCCCAUCCAUCGCGAUUCCAUCUCGACGAUCACGAAGCAUGAAUACGCAGCGGUGGAGCACGAUCGCAACCCGACCCGCGAAGAAAUCCCCACUAUCAUCUUCACGGAUCAAGAUACGGCGGGGCUGGAUACCCCUCACGUCGACCCACUCGUGGUCAGCUUGCACAUCAGUGACUCCAGCGUAGCAAGAAUCCUGAUCGAUACCGGGAGCACGGUGAAUCUAAUCUACAAAGAGACCCUCAACCGCAUGGAAAUCAGCAGAGACCAGAUCAAGCGUUCGUUGUACUCCCUCACCGGGUUCACCUCCGAACACGUCUCCAGUGAAGGCACGAUCCGCCUACCUAUCCACGUCGGCGGAACAACCAAAGCCGCCGAAUUCUUCGUCAUCGAUAAACCAGCCAUUUACAACGCCAUUUUGGGCACCCCAUGGCUCCACGAGAUGAAGGCCGUCGUCUCGACCUUUCACCAAUGUGUGAAAUUCCCGGCACAAUCAGGAAUUUACACACUGAGAGGGAAUCAGGGGGCAGCAAGGUCAUGCUUCCUCUAUGAGCGACGGCUCCGCCUAGCAGCAACAUGCACCGCAAACGAGGAAAUGGAUCCACGCCUUCCAUACCACCAGAGACCAAAGCCGGCCCUCGUCGACGAGGUGAAUAUCGACGAAUCGCGUCCGGAAAGGUGCGUUGGCAUCGAUAUGAAAGGGAUCGACCCGGCAAUCACAUCCCACGAGCUAAACGUGGACUCUACCUACAAACCCAUGAGACAGAAAAGACGCAAGCUCGGCGCCGAUAAAGCUCAAGCAGUCAAUGAAGAAGUGGAAAAGCUACUUAGAGCCGGAUCGAUCACUGAAGUAAAAUACCCCGAAUGGCUAGCAAAUCCAGUCGUCGUCAAAAAGAAAAACGGAAAGUGGAGAGUCUGCGUCGAUUUCACAGACCUGAAUAAAGCAUGCCCAAAGGAUAGCUUCCCUUUACCGCAUAUCGAUCGCCUCGUCGAGGCCACGGCAGGGAAUGAAUUACUAUCCUUCAUGGACGCCUUUUCAGGAUACAAUCAGAUCUUCAUGCAUCCCGAUGAUCGCGAGAAGACGGCAUUCAUUACCGAUCGUGGCACCUAUUGCUAUAAAGUGAUGCCUUGGCCUGAAGAACGCCGGCGCCACUUAUCAACGAUUAGUGAACAAAAUGUUCGCGGACCAGCUCGGUAG